CGCCAGUGUCUCGUUUAUGUUUUUCUGCAUUGCUCUACUGCUCCAGGGGCAUUGGGCUUCCUAAUCUCGCCUGAGACCCUGCCCAAGUGCCUUUAGACGUGCAGAAAGUGCCUUAGUCCCAAUGAUAAUGAGCGACUUGUAUGUCGCUCAGGCACCAUUCGCUUGGACCGUUGGUUUAGCCAGUCGAUCCCCUCCUAAUCCUCAAGCACCUCGGUAAGACCCUCCAGCCGAGUUUCUUUGUUGCUCGUGACUCUUGACUGACCCGUUGGUCAACAUCGUCCAACCCACCAACACCUCCUAUCAUCACAGCCAAGCCUUCCGUAUACCUGCAAUGGGCUUCGAGAUCUGCAAGUUGACGUGGAAUACUGAGCCAUCUGUUGGUGGCUUACGAGGCAGAUUGAAAGUGUGCGGAUGAUUCCAAGUUGUCGACGCUACAUGCAACUCGCACUUGACGAGCAUGGGGAAACUACGUAAGGGUGCCACAUAAGCGCAUGAAGAUCAUCUAUUCAAGCCCUGUCUGCUACUAAUGUUCCCUGUAUGAUUCGGUCGGGGGCUUUCACACGGGUAUGGCAAUUCAAGGCUGUAACUAACAUCUCCAUUCCUGGUCAGGAGCAUGAAACUCCGAGUUCCUUGAACCCUACUAGUCCCAGAAUCACUCACGAUUCUGAAGAUCUUUGUCUCUGCAUUUGCUCACUGUGCAGUCAUGCUACUGUACAGGAGUGCUUGGAGUUUGAUAUGUCCAAUCGCUGCGAGUGCGCUGUGAAAUCGCAAUGCUUUCUCAACCAAAUCGAAGGUUGUCGCAGGUUCUGGGUCAGGUUUCUGGUCCUCUUACCGCCAAUCGCAUUGAUGGUGUACAUAUGACCAUGAUCGAUCGCCACACUGACUCGACGUUGGCAGAUGCAGUCACUGUCGGGAACUUGUUCGGAUUUCCAAGCUACCCGUUUUGUGUCGAGGGACAUGAUGCUGAUUCCAGUUUGCCACAGGCGAUGAAUGUGUUGAGGCUCGCUGGCGCGAGUAAGAAAGUUUCGGCGGGAUAAUCCAAGG